AUGUCGACAACCGCAGUCUCUACUCCAAGGACCGAGUUCUUCCAAAAGUUGAAGCGGGUCUGUGUGCCUCUCAACCAGUUGGCCGUCCGCUCCCAGGACAAGACAGCCGAUGCCAAAGAGAUUCUGCAACAUGUCGAAUCGCUCACUGAACUCUGGUCAACCCAGGCGAGCCAAGAUGACAGCAUCCUAGACGACAGGCUCGCCGACUAUGUCUUUGUCCCUUUGUCGCAAGUCCUCCGUGACAGGGACCAAUACCCCAUGCGGGUGGUCGAGGGCGUCAUCCGUCUACUUAGAGAACUCAUACAGCAUGGGUGGAAGGUCAAAACAUCGGCAGCCCUUUUUCGGCAGCUUUUGAUUCUUCUUUCGUUCACCAUUGGUGGUGUGCCCGGUCAAGAAAGGAAGAAGGACGUCCCGGAAGAAACGAUUAUUGAAGGGUUCAAAACGCUGGGAGCCUUGAUCACUUCAGUCGACCCUGCUCGGCUUAAAAGAUCGGAGAUUCCAGGAGAAGACUCCAUCCCGGCACUUGGUCACAGUGUCACUGUGAUGAUUGAUGCCGUCACCGAGGAUCUUCCUUCUUUGAUUCAACUUGAGGCGGUGGCUUGCUUGCGGGCUGUCUUCAUCAGCACCAGAGACAACUCUGUUCUUGCUCAGUUUCUGCCUGGCACGGUGUCUGGUCUCGGUAAACGGUUGUCUCCGCCGCUUGAAAGGCAAACUCAAAAGCGAGUUCUUGUGGCUUGUUUGGAAGCCCUCCAGCUUGUGUUUGUCAAUGUGUUGGGUGACCUCAAGGUCAGGAGUCUGCUCCGGCAGCUGGAGACAGCCACACCGGCCGCGGAGGAGACAAAAUCCGACGGCGACUCAGAGUCCAGGGAUAUCGAACUAACACCGUCAUGGCUGAAAGCAACUGCUGCUCAAGUGAAGAUUGCUCUAUCUGCGGUUCUCAAGUUGCGAAGUAAUGAGUCUGAAGAGGUCCAGCGUGCUCUUUACAGACUAUGUAUCGCUCUGCUGGAUGAGUGUCACGCUUCACUCGCUGACAGUCAAUCAAUAUUGGUCGAGACAGCACUGAUGUUGCAGGAGGAUGACGCAGCUCAAUCAAGACUCGAGACCAGCCUCCAGGACCUCGUCAGCAUCUACCCGGAGCUGAGCAACGGCAUCAAAUCUGCCCUGUACAGCUGGGUCGCGGGCCUCCCAAGAAUGAUGCAAUCCAGCAACGAAAAGACCAAGCAAUUGGCUAUCAGAAGUAUUCUCCGGGGAAGCAAGCUAGCAGUUGCCAUGCACAUGGACUCGUCAACUCUGGACGAUUCUCUGGCUGAUUCACUAAGAGACAGCAUCAUCACUCUGAUGAAGGCUUCGAAACCGCAAAAGGUGAUUGAUGACCUAGGAGCCGUCGAUCUAUCUCAGCCCACAGACCUCAUCAGAUCAGGAAAUACCGAGUUGGCAACAUACAGCCCUGUCAUUCUUGGCUCUGAAGGCCAAAAGGCUACUCGAAACGAGCUCGGCUCCCUCAUCUCUCAGAUCGGGCCUUCGAGUCUACAGGUCAAGCUCGCAAUCUCUAUGCUCAGCUACGUCCGCGACUCGGAUGAACCCACAACACAGAUUGCCUCCUUCUGGCUCGCCUUUCAGCUCCUCAAGUCGAGCUACGCCCAAUCUGCCGACAUGGACGAGCUCUUUGACUUUUCUGCCCUGGGAGAGACCCAGCAGCAAGACGAAGCCUUCCAAGAGCUCUACGACUUUUCCACCUCUGUUCUCGCGUCCCGCUCUGACUCUGUCGAACCCCCCCCCUGGCAACUCGAAGCCCUCGCCCUCGAGGUCACCGCGUAUUAUGCCACCCGUCUCGAAGAGGACUUUCGCCCCGAGCUCAUCGACGUCUUGUAUCCUGUCACUACCUUUCUCGGGUCAGAAAAGCCUCAACUCAGGCGGCAUGCGAUCACUACGUUGAACAUUCUCGCCUCUUCGUGCGGGUAUGGUUCCGUGUCGGAGUUGAUUGUCGACAAUGCGGAUUACAUGCUUGAUUCUGUCUCCCUACGCCUCAAUACUUUUGACAUAAGCCCUGCUUCGACGAGGGUUUUGACGAUGAUGAUUAGGCUGACGGGGCCGAAACUGGUGCCGUUUUUGGAGGAUACGGUGCAGGCUGUUUUUGCGGCGCUGGAUAAUUAUCAUGGGUAUCCUGUUUUUGUUGAGGGGCUGUUUGAUGUUUUGGGGGAGGUCGUGGCGCAGGGGGUGAAGUCGGAUGUGUUGCUUCUUGCGGGUAGUGACAGCGAACCUGCUGUUGAUCAUAAGAAGAGGGGUUACCGACCUCAGGGGGUGGAGGGGAUUCUGGAAACGGUGGGGAAGCAUCUUGCGAGAGUGGAGGAGUCGAAAUCAAGGGCUGAGGAGCCGUUUCAGCCUGUCCCGAGAAAGGCCUGGGGUCCGGGGAGGGAGAAGAGGAAGGAGAAGUCGUUUGUUGAGGAGCUGGAAGCUGCUGAGGAUGAUGAUGAUGAUGAAGAAGAAGAAGAAGGAAAGAAGGAGAUGGAGGAAGAGAAAGAAGCUGUCCAGACGCCGACGUAUCAGUUGCUGACUAGGAUACUGACGCUGACGCAGCACUAUCUUACCUCUCCUACUCCUACCCUGAGGAAAUCACUCCUGGAUCUUAUUACAACCGUUACACCUGCCUUGUCCCCGUCGGAGGAUGCAUUCUUACCGCUUGUGAACGUGAUCUGGCCGGUUUUGACCACGAGGUUGCAUGAUCCGGAGCCCUUUGUUGCGAUAGCGGCUGCUAAGGCGUUGGGGGGGCUGUGUAAAGGGGCGGGUGACUUUUUGGGGACGAGGUUGAGGACUGUGUGGGGAGAAAAGGGGCAGGGGUUGAGGGCUUGGAUGAUCAAGGUUAAGGCGGAGGCUAUGGGUCAGAAGAAGGGGACGAGAAACAAGGGGAGGGGGUUGAUUGGUGGUGUUAGUGGUGGUGGUGGGAAUAGAAGUGAGGGGGGAGGGAUUAUGAUUCCUACUUCUACGGCUUCUACGGGUUUGUUGUCAUCCUCGAUUGGAACAGGGGGACUGCUCAACCUUGAUUUUGGCAGUGGGCCGACUACAUCUCCUGAUAAUGGGGGGAUGAAGAUGGUUUCCUCGUCGUCGUAUACCACACCUUCAGGGGGCGGGAGGUUUUCACAAUCUACGCGGCUUUGGGAGGCGGCGCUUGGGUUGGUGAGGGAUGUUGUUUCCUAUGUCAAGGUGGAGGAUGAGAUGUUUGAUGAGAUUUUGGAGUUGGUGAUUGAUGUCUUGCCUGGGCAGAAGGAAUUAAAGGACGCGAUGGAGACGGUGAAUGGGGAUGCGGUCUGGUUGGGGUUGUAUGAGAGGGGGUUGCUGAGGGGGUUGGAGGUUAAGCAGCCGGUGAUGGAGGGGUUUGGGUUUGUGAGGGUGGAGGUUGGGGGAAGGUAG